AUGAAGAUCCUCACAUCUCUCAUGUCGACCUGCCAUUCUGCAAACCAGCUGCCUGAGGAGCACACAAGGCAUUUCCCAGCCUGACUCCGCCAUGGACUCAAUACACAUAAGCACGACAAUUCAAAUGGACGCGCAAGACCCCAUUCUAGCUCUGUAUCCUCCUUGCGUACGUCUUCUUGCAACGCGUCGGGUCGGAACCCAAUGGCGGUCAAACAACGGCGGAAAACACGCAUGACUGUGACGGUCGCGGUCAUCCGACUCUUCGACACUCCUAGGAAUGGAUGCUCAGCACGCCUAAGCAGGAAAAAAUUCACUGCCGGAAGAGGAGGCGUCAGCCACCCUUCGAAGGUGCUUAGGGGCAUCGGUAGCGGUGUGGGUAAGUUCCGUUAUCCUCUGGGCAAGGAGAGAUGGAAGCAAUGGCCGCACGGCUUUGGCAAACCCAAUGAGAUUCUAAAUGAUCGCUUGGAGCUCUCUAGUGAGGGUGUGGGGAGAUACAAUGUGCAAAGUAUCCUUCAAGCACUCGAGUCUGAUAAGACAAUAUCUAUGUCGAAACAGCCUCUGAGCGAAGUCUGUUCCAACACGGAGCUUUUUCUACGAAGCAAAGAUCCAGAUCUCGGAACAACAUCAGAAGACAGGAUCCUACGCUCGUUGCUACUCGUCCAGGCGGCAAUCGAAGUGUUGAGUACAGCUCGAAUCCAGCAUGACAAAUCCUUCAUUAUUCCACAGGACGGGCAGAUUGGCAUCCGCAUCGACGAAACCUGCAUGGCAAACUAUCAGCAUUUAUUGCUGCGCCUCCAAACCCAACUACUGAAGGCAUUGACGCGCAAGUCGGCUGCGGCCUCAUCAUUAACCGACCUCGACAAGACGCAACGAAAACGACUCAACUGGUUCUCAGAGUUUCCCGACGGCCAGCGGCCGCUGAGUACGACGUGGCCUUGGUCGAUCAAGCCUUCCCUUGCUGUGUUAUGGGGCGUAUGCUGGAUGUUUCCUGUCCUUCCUGUCUAUGACGAAACAGAUCAACAGUCACAGCAAAACGUCUCCAUUCGCGUACGCAUUCCGCAGCAGAGAGUCUUGCAGGACGGGCAGCUUAAUGGAUGGAACCCCCCGCAACCUGAUGAAUGUGAGAUACCCAAGGCUGCCUCGCCACCACAUUGGUCGCAGCGGCACUGGGCCAUAACGAGAGAUCAUCCAUGGCUAACGUAGGCAUCCAAGCAGGGUUCAACUAUGGCGUCCGAUGCCUUGAAAACACUGGAA